AUGGGAAAUUGUUUGCCCAAAGCACAACUCUGUAGUCACAAGAACUCAGGACUUCGUUCCUUCAAACUUGAGUGCCAUUAUUGGGGGGCAGGUCAAGAGCCUUGUAAAAGUGAGAGGGAACAAAGCCUCUGUGAUUGUUCAAUCACUUUUGGUAUCCAUCUUGAUAUUUCAUACGAAGCUGUUCAUAACAUUCUAGAUUCUCUCUGCCUAUUUUCUGCCCCUGAGACACUCGAGGGAUAUAGAACUACCGUAGGAAUGGUUGGAGUGGCUACUGCUAGUAAAUCCAUUAGCAUACACACACUUCCUAAGAUGAUGAUUUUACACCUGAAGCGGUUUGGUUAUGGAAGCUAUGGAAGUAACAAAUUGCAUAAACAUGUGCAUUUUCCUCUUGAACUAGUUCACGGCUUAUCACUAGUUCAAGAGGAAAAUGCACAUGUUUAUGCAAUUUGUUACUUCCAUAGCUUCCAUAACCAAACCGCUUCAGGUGUAAAAUCGUCAUCUUAG